ACUCCCGGGGUCAGACACAGAGUGAAGCUCCCUCCGCACCGUCCCAUCACACACUCCCGGGGUCAGACACAGAGUGAAGCUCCCUCCGCACCGUCCCAUCACACACUCCCGGGGUCAGACACAGGGUGAAGCUCCCUCCACACCGUCCCAUCACACACUCCCGGGGUCAGACACAGAGUGAAGCUCCCUCCGCACCGUCCCGUCACACACUCCCGGGGUCAGACACAGGGUGAAGCUCCCUCCACACCGUCCCGUCACACACUCCCAGGGUCAGACACAGGGUGAAGCUCCCUCCACACCGUCCCGUCACACACUCCAGGGGUCAGACACACAGUGAAGCUCCCUCUACACUGGCCUGUCACACAGUAAGUUGCAGUGACAGCUAGAUCAGCCUCCCCCAUGUGACGAGGUCCCCACCCCUUCCCUUGUCAUCCAGUCAGCUGUGAAGAGAAACCACAAGGUUGCAAAACCCCUUUUUUUUUAUUCUGGUGGCUCUCGCCAGCUUUGUACACUGCAGGACAGCAGCCUGUACAAACUGUCGUGGAUCUGUCGGUCUCUCUUUGCCUCGGUUUGAACAGGUAGAAUCGGGAGGGUCGUUUCUUUAUUCCCCCUGGAGCUUGUCUACUCUCCCCAGGACUUCCUUUGAGUAUAGAUUGCAUUAAUGGGGGUGUGUGUGUUGGUGAUAAAGCUGGGAUUUCUACAUUAUUUCACUGGCUUCCGAAACCAACGCAGCCUCUCGGCUCUGGACGCGAGCAACACUGGUGAAACCGUGCAGAAUAUUUAAUUCCCACCCCUGACCCGUCUUCCCCCACGGUGUGCAGGGGGAGCUUCCCCCUUCCCUGUCUCCUGAGCCCCAGGUCCCUGGUCCCGGGUGGUCCCUGCCGGAGGUCAGAAUCGCUGAGUCAGCCACGUCCGCACACAGCGGACCGUGGGGGUGCUGAGGAUGGGGUGUGGCACUCUGCAGCCACUAGUGAUGGGACUAAACGGGGAGGCUCGGGGGAUGGGGGGGAGAAGCAGGGGUUCGACCAGCCGGGCUGAGGUGGCUGCCUCCACGGCACUGGAUUCCAGGGGCGGAGUGUGUCCACACUGCCUCCCUUUGUCGAAGAGCCGGCGACGGAAGGGUGUGGGGGAGGGAAGUAGGGUGCUGCCUGGUGACAAAGCCAGUUCGCUUUUCCCCCAUCUCUCUCUCUCUCUCAGCGCCCUUCCCAUGAGGACAGCUGUGUUACUCUGGGUCCUGGUGUCUGCCCACUGCUCCCUCUCCCUUCGCAUCUGCUCCUUCAACGUGCGGGCGUUCGGCAGGGCGAAGGCAGCCAAGCAGCGGGUGAUGGAGACCCUGGUCGAGAUCGUGUCGCGUUGUGACAUCUGCCUGAUGAUGGAGGUUCGGGACUCCAAGGGACAGGCCGUGCCUCGGUUCAUCUCGCAGCUCAACCGACGGGACCCCCGACACCCGUACUCCCAUGUGGCCAGUGAGAGGCUGGGGCGCUCCUCCUACAAGGAACAAUAUGUCUUCAUCUACAGGGUCGAUAAGGUGAAGGUUCUCGACGUGCAUCAGUACAGGGACGGGGGUCCGGGUUACCGCAGUGUCUUCGCCCGGGGGCCCAGCGUCGUUCACUUUUCUGCGCCAGACACGGAGGUGAAAGAAUUUGCAUUGAUCCCUCAGCACACUUGCCCAGACGCUGCGGUCAGGGAGGUCGACGAGCUCUACAACGUGUCCCAGUACAUCAGGGAGCUGUGGGGCACCGAGAACAUCAUGAUCCUGGGGGACCUGAACGCCGGCUGUAGUUACAUCCCCCCGAGUGCCUGGAGCCGGAUCCGACUCCGCACCGAGCCCGGCUUCCACUGGCUGAUCGGAGACAGCGAGGACACCACCGUCUGCGAGUCCACCAGCUGCCCGUACGACAGGAUCAUUGUCUACGGAGCAGCCUUCCACAGAGCCAUCGAGCCGGGGUCGGCCAAAGUGUUUGACUUCCGCCGGAGCUUCAGGCUAUCGGAGGAGGAGGCCCUGGAGGUGAGCGACCAUUUCCCAGUGGAGGUGCAGGUGAAGGAGGUGCAGAGGCCACGUGCCGAACUCUGAGGGUCCCAGCAGGAAGCACAGAGAGUCCAGCCUGACGACCACCAGCUCUUCCUCCCCGCUUGACAGUCAAUAAAAUGGAUUCUGCUCA